CUAGACUGGGAAAGGAGAGAGCUGAGCUGUCGAGCGGGCUCCUGUCGUACCCCAGUGCUGGCUGGCUGGCGGGGACGUGACGCCACGCGUGAUAAAGAACGCCUUCAGUUAAGUGCUGGGAUGGACGUGGAAGGUGGCGUACGGGGUGGGCGGACGAGGAGGAAAACAGGGUGCUGCUGUGAUGGCGACGGUGUCACCUUUAGGCGCGCUUCGUGGGAAGGGGAAGAAGUGGCACACGGGCGACGGAAUUGACAAGACAAUGAUGAGGAGUGGGAGACCGGACCCACGGGGGAGUAGUGGAGGUGCCACCGCCAUGGAGAAGAAGCAGGAAAUGCCCACGUCGAAGGAGGACAAGCGUAAGGACAAGAAGCCGAAAUCUGUCAAGCUUUUCCGGAAGAAAUCACUCAAGUCCGUGGGGAGUUUUAUGAACAGAAUCAUGAAAACCCUAGGCACUUUCACCCACUUUGCAGACACGCAGGACGUGGAGGACGACGACGGAGGCUUUGGGAAUGGCGCACCUUGCACCCUCAGUGCCAGCUCAGGGAUUGUCAAAGAGGAUGUACAGGUGACUCGGCUGGCCAAGAACCCUCCUCUUGGCAGGGACAAACUACUUUACCACUACGGGGACAAAAUGCCAGGCGUUCUGGGCUUGAAAAACCACGGGAACACGUGUUUCAUGAACGCCGUGGUCCAGUGUCUGAGCAAUACCGACCUGCUGACCGAGUACUUGGGACUGGAGAGGUACAAAUUGGACCUGAGUGACCCCGCCGUAGUCAACGGGACUGUGACGAGUGGGGAGACCCGCUUUGCUAACGGAGAGGUCACGGAGCACUUGGCCUCACUUGUUCGGGCUCUGUGGACUCUGGAAUACACCCCACAGCUGUCUGUGGACUUCAAGGGUAUCGUGUCUAAGUAUGGAUCACAGUUCCGUGGUAAUUCCCAACAUGAUGCCCUGGAGUUCCUUCUGUGGCUGCUGGAUCGUGUCCAUGAAGACAUCAAUCUGACCUCACACAAUAACAACAAUACGACCAAAGCUAGUGAUAAGGGUCCCGAUAAAGAUGAAAAUCCGAUGCAUCCUGACCUGUCCCAUUCUCAGCAGCACACUGUCCAACAUAGCUUUGUCCAGGAACAUUUUCAGGCACAGUACAAGUCUUCACUGACAUGCCCCCAUUGCUUGAAACAAAGCAACACCUUUGACCCUUUCCUUUGCAUCUCUCUCCCGAUUCCUCUUCGCCAAACCAGGCCAAUGUGUGUGACUCUGGUGUUCAGCACCAAAGGACAAAGGUACCUGAGAGUCGGUCUGGCUGUACCUCUGUUUGGCUCUGUCUCCUGCUUGAGGAGGAUGGUGGCUGAUGAGGGCAACAUUUCCCCAGAUCAGGUGAUCCUGACUGAGGUUUACUCCACUGGGUUCCAACGCUCCUUCUUUGAUGAAGAUGAUCUCACCAGUAUAGCAGAAAAUGAUAUAAUCUAUGCCUUCCAGGCUCCCCCACUCUAUAUCAGAGGAGGCUCGGCACGGACUUCAGGAUACCAUCACAGUCUCCCAUCUUCUACAUAUGCUACUGGUCCUGAGGGUAAAAGAUUACCUGCAUCUGGGGCGUUGUCUUCAGAAUUUCUCAACCAGGGCAUCCCUGUAAAGAUUUUGUUGUUGGUAUGCAACGCAGCAGGAGCAGGCCAACAGACUGUUAGGUUUGGCCCUCCGUUCUUAAUGAGGGAGGAUCGGUCCAUUUCCUGGGAUCAGUUGCAGCAAAGCAUCCUGAGCAAGCUUUACUACCUGAUGAUCAAUGGGGCACCGGCACAGAAUAAAAGAGUACUCUUCAACAUCCGUGUAGUGGGAGGAUCAUCAUUUUACAGCUACUUGUCACCACAGGACAAUCGGCCACUGUACCAUCCUGCCGUUGACAGAGCUCUGAAACUCUGCAGCCCAGGCGGACCCCCACACGUGAAGCUCAUCAUUGAAUGGGAGUACAGAAUCAAAGACUGCCUGUUUGGUAACAUUCAGGAAGAGGUGGUGAAGGAUGAAGACAGCGUAAGGAAUCAGCAGCAGCAGCAUGUCCAACAGUACAGCUGCACCUUGGAUGAGUGUUUUCAGCUCUACACCAAAGAGGAGCAGCUCGCCCCCGAUGAUGCCUGGAAGUGCCCGCACUGUAAGCAGUUACAGCAGGGCAUGGUUAAGAUGAGCUUGUGGACGCUACCGGACAUCCUCAUCCUCCACCUGAAGCGCUUCAGGCAAGUGGGCGAGCGGAGAAACAAGCUGACCACCUUCGUAAAUUUCCCCCUGGUGGACCUGGACAUGACGCCGCACAUGGUGAACCGCAACCACGACACGCAUCAGCCUCCGCCUCAACCGGGCUGGAAGCAGUCCAGACGGUCCGACCUGUCUACUCCUGAUUUCCUGUACGAUCUAUAUGCCGUGUGCAACCACCAUGGAGGGAUGCAUGGGGGGCAUUACACAGCCUUCUGUCGAAAUUCUGUGGACGGUCAGUGGUACAGCUACGAUGACAGCAAUGCUGAGGCAGUUCCAGAGGGAGAUGUGUGCACACGAGGCGCCUAUAUCCUCUUCUAUCAAAGACGAAAAACCAUCCCGUCGUGGUCUGCAAGUUCUUCAGUCACUGGUUCCACCAGCUCCACCACUUCUGACCACUGGCUCGUGCGACUCACAGGGGGAAGUGACAGAGGUGCCCUGGUGACAGCAGCAUCCAUCUCGGGGCACCCAGCACCUAUGCAGCUUCCGGAGUCUGCUGAUGUGCCAGUGCUAGGAGAGGAACUGCACAAAACAGCAGACACAAAUGGAUUUGACAAACCAUUUGUCCGUGGGACUCAGGCAAGGAGUGUCAGCAUGAGAUCGCCAACUAAGCCCAAGGAGACUUUGAGCAAAGUCCUGCCGCUGCGAUGGUCCUUUGGAGCCAAGGACCGCGUAAAGCAUUCGGUCGAGACCCAGUCUGGGGAACUGGUAGCAUAUCUGGAGUCUGGCCGCCGUCCACGAUGUACCAAGGACCCGAUCGUAGCACUGGUGGCCACCCCGCCGCAAAGGCAUGGCCAGGGAAGAGCCUAUGAGGGCGGACAAGAGCGCAGCUCACCAAGCAGUACCAGCCUUAGCUGCGCAGAAACAUUCUACUCCCCCAAAAUACCAGAGGGACAGAGCAGGCCUGGUAUGGAGAGACACCUCAGUAACAUUGUCAAAGGCAGCGAUGAGGGUUCUCUGAGGAUGAGGUCAUCUCAUAAGAGAGCGAGGCAGGAGCACGGCAGGACUUUGGACAUUCAACUUCAAAGAGUGGCCAUGUUAGGAGCGCAUAUCAGCCAUAGUGCACCACCAAGCAGAGAUUCCACACUGAGAAAAAACAAAGUCCAUUUCGGGGGGAACAUCAGAGCACCAAAAGAUGCGUCAGUCGUUCAACCGCAGGGACAAAGGGGACGUGAGGGUCAGAGCCAAGAGAGCCUCGUGGCCUUUUUCAAACCUGGUUUCAUUCGGAAAGACAUCCCGUGCUCGCCACUGAAGGAUCACGAAAGACGUGCGAAUGGAUACGCACAUUCGGGAAAGCUGGUAAGCAGCGAUUUCACCAAACUGUCCCUCUCCAAUGGAACGCUGAGCGCAAUGUCAAAAGACGAGCAUAAGGCCAACAUGCUGCCCAUCUGCAAGGUGCAGCUGCUGAAUGGAGAGGCUGCGUGUCGUGACUGCGCAGACAUCAAGCGUGCGCACAGCUCCAGUAACAUUCAGACAAAGACGGAUGUGACGUUCCACAGGUGCGCCUCACUGCAGAGGAACGGGGACAUUGCGGCCCCGCACCGCGUCGUGCUCUCGGACAAGCCCAGCUUUGCCACCCUACAGAGGACACGAUUCAGUACCACCUCACUGGUGCCUCUGUGACAUCCCACAUGACUUGUGGACGCCUCAGACUUUUCACCUACCGAAAGCAUCGCUGGGAAGAAGGAGUGUCUUCUUUCCUCUGUUUUUACAGUAGUACUGUUACUUCUUACCUGUGUGUGUCUUAAACUAAAUCUAUGCAGAGUUGAAUUAUUGAGGUGAGUUACUGGUGUCAUUUGUAGGAGUUGUGCCGUUGGAUUUUGCCUCCUGCUAAUACAUACAUGACCCUUGGAAUACAGUGAACCUGCGCUAUUCGCGGGGGACAGGCGAGCAACAAUAUGGAGGCAAAGAAGUAAUUUUGUCGAAAUGAACCUUCUCAACUCACUUCAUCAUAGUUCCUUACCACCAAGAUGCCACAAAAUAGCGACAAAACAGUACUUUUGUUUAAAUGAAACGCCUCAGUUUCCAUCAACAUAGUUCCUUGGAACCAAGAUGCCGCAGGAUGGCUCCAAAGUAAUACUUUCAUUGCUUCGGCCAAAGCACAAAACCAGCAAAAUCGUACGUUUUUGAGCAAAUAAAAGAAAAUAAUUUCCAUACAAAGAAAACAGUGAAUAGGCAAAUUCGUAAAUUACUAACCGCAAAUAUGCAUGGGUUCACUGUGUUUUAAAAGCUGAGGCAUGUUCACUACAUCACACGUGGGAAGAGGAGUAGGUUUGAAUUUAAAUACAACACAGUUAAAACAUAUAUAUACUUGGUUUUACACACUCAGAAAAUGCACUGUAAAUUGGCUGUUUAAUCAUUAUGUUUUUGUAAUAUUGCACUUUUAUAAAAGGCAUAUUUUCUUACAUGACUUAAACUUGUAUGUCCUUUACGAUAGUCCAACUUUAGGAAGAAUGACACUGUUCCAAAUUAUUAUUCUUGCUUUUUAGUGAUACAGGUAUUGAUUGAAAAAAUAUUCUGUGGGACUAUGUUCAAUGAGGAUGUACAGAUGAGCCACAGUAUGUUUGGGAAAUUUCCUGACUUCCAAUUGGGUUAAGAAAUUAAACUUAAUCCAAGAAAAAUACGAAACUUGUUUGCAUACAUGCCAACAUUGUAUUUAUUUUUGCACCCCAGCAGUGUGUGUGUGUAGGUGUGUGUGUUUAUAAUUGUUGGAAUUAUAUACAGAAAUUAAAUGAAGUGAAGUUUAACCCCUCCUUAUAAAAGAUUGUGUCAAGACCAAUUGACAAUGUGAAUUUGAAGCUAGUUUAUACAAGGAGAAGAUACACUCUGAGAGCAUGUAAUGUCACAGUCACAGUUAACACUUACACUUCAGUAACAACAUACACAAACGUUAGAAUUAUAAUCCUCCUUUUUCUGAUGAAGGAGGAAAGUCACAAAUUUAAAGAUGCUCGUGAAAAAUCUGAAUUAACCAUUCCCACUUCCUAAAUGAUUACCGUAUGUUCACGACCAUAGGGCGCACCGUAUUAAAAGGCGCCGUCUCAGUUACGGGGUCUAUUUCUGUAUUUAACACAUACAUAAGGCGCACCGUAUUAUUGGGCACAGGCAUGAUAAAACAUACGCUAGCUUAAAACAUAUGGUAGCAUGCAUGCACGCGAAAACAAUGAUUUUAAAAAGGCAGUGGGAGCAAAACUGAGUUCGGUUGUACUUUACGAAAGCUCGAACAACAGUGCAAGCAGACACGUUAGCCCAAGCAUCCACAAUCCAUUCACAAAUUGUGGCGUAACUCGCCCGGCGCUGCCUCCUUUUCUUAGUAAAACUGUGUUCGCCAUCUGUCAUCCAUGGCUCCCACGCUGCUCGCAACUUCACUUUGAACGCCCUGUUUACACCGAUGUCCAGCGGUUGGAGUUCAUUAAUCCAUUGCUCGAGUUGGUCUUCCAACUCGGGCCACCUCGCCUUGUUUCCGAGUUUUGUUUUUCUUUUUUUUCCGUGGAAACGCAGCUUCGUCUUCUUGACUUGGCGAAGCUCGUUUUCCUGCUUCCUCCACUUGCGAACCAUGGAUUCGUUGAUCUUGAAUUCUCUCGCGGUUGCUCGAUUCCCAUGUUUCUCCGCGUAACUGAUAGCUUGCAGUUUAAACCGUACUUCGUAAGUGUGUCUCUUCGUAGGUGCAGUUUUCAACUGCGGUCAAGCCAGCCUCCACUCGUAAAGUAGCAGGCAAGCCAGC